AUGACAGAUCUAAAGUUAGGGGUUCUAGAUCUGAAGGCGAAUGCACCAGAUCUGAAGGUGAAUACUUCAGAUCUGAAGGUGGCGGCUACAAAUCUGAAGAUCGUUGUCGCUCCCAUUUACACGGUGGUGAUGACAGAUCUAAAGUCAGGGGUUCUAGAUCUGAAGGCGAAUGCUCCAGAUCUGAAGGGAGCUCCAGUGUCGGAUUUUGAUGGUACUACAAUAGUGGUUUUUCAUGGUGGUUAUGGAAUUUCCAACAGAUACGAAAUAUGGGCAGUGAAAUUAAGCACUUCAUUUCAUGGUGAACAACUAAACAAUCUGAUCCACUCAUUUGAACGACGUCUACUUUGUGUGUUUCAGGUGGGAUUCAUUUCAGGAUCGAUAAGUAUAGCAAAUGCUAGAAACUUCGCACUUCACAAAGCUCUAUGGAAGAUAAGAGGGACACUACUUAACAAUCAAGUAUGUGCGCCACUAAGUGCAUUAAUCCGAGGAGCUUCUUUGGAGGAUGCUCGUCAUUUGGCUCACAAUUGUGAUAGACUCCACCAAGAAGGCGGGACACAUGUAUGA